AGGCCAUCGCUCAUUCGCUCCUCAGUCUCCACGGUCCCCAGUCUCACCCGGUGGCCGACCAACCCCAGUCCGCCGUCCACCCUCACAGCCGCCAGCCGCCACCCUGCCAGCCGCCGCCAGCCACCACCUAGGCACCCACGGUCCACGGACGCACAUGCACGGCACGGACAGGCCACACUGCUCACCCGCGAGCGGCGCGCGCGAGUCUCUGGCUCUCUGCACGUGCGCGACCAGAGGUCCAGAGCAGGCAGCAGGUAGCCAGGUACAGGCGACUAACCGAGUAGCCGGCCAAUCGGCCAUCCCUGCGACCAGAGCAGGCACCGGGCAGCAGGUUGUCCUCAACUCCAUCCAUGGCGCCUGUGUUUUCUUUGCUUCGCUGUGUUCCUGGCCGUGUCCCUAUGUUGCCUGUUGGCUGCUGUCUGUUGAAGACUUUGAACACUGAAAACUGAAGUGCAAGUGUUGCAGACUUGCAGUUUGUUUAUUUGUGUGAAGUGUCUUUGUGGGAGUGUUUUUUUAUCCACGUCUCAUGUAUGUGUUGUUGUCAACAGAGAGUUAUGUAUUCAUAAUAUUGCUUGCUUCUGUAACAGUAAUCAGGUUUAUUAUGUCUUGGUUUUUUCUUUUGUUCUACCUCGUCA